UCUGUUUUCUGUUUACAAGCCUGAAGAUGGCUGCUGCUUCUUCCUGCAACGUGGAAGAAGACGAGAGCCUGAAGGGAUGUGAACUCUAUGUUCAGAAGCACAACAUCCAACAGAUUUUAAAAGAGUGCAUUGUAAACCUUUGCAUAGCAAAACCAGACCGACCCAUGAAGUUCCUCAGAGAGCACUUUGAAAAAUUAGAAAAGGAAGAAUGCAAACAAAUACUGGCUCGGCAGAAAUCCAGUUCCCAGUCUGAUUCUCAUGACGAUGAGAUUUCCCCUCCUCCUCCCAACCCAGUGGUAAAAGCCCGACGCAGGAGAGGGGGGGUCAGUGCAGAAGUGUACACUGAGGAAGAUGCUGUUUCUUACGUCAGAAAGGUUAUUCCAAAGGACUAUAAAACUAUGACUGCUCUGGCAAAGGCCAUCUCCAAGAACGUGCUCUUUGCUCAUCUUGAUGACAAUGAACGAAGUUUCAUAAACAAUCAAGGGAAACAUGUCUUCAGUGAAACUGCUAUGGAGACUGCAAAACUGAUUGGAUUGCCAUACCAAAUAGCAGUUAUCAAUGGUCCAUCCUUCUAA